AUGAGCAAAUUGGAUGAUCUGUUGGCCAAAAAGAAAACUGUGGUGCCUGUCUUGGAUCUGAGCCGCAGCAAUAUUCAGACAAUUGAGGAGUUCAAGCGGCUAAUGGAAAAGGUGCCCGACUACAAGAUGCGGCCCAUUAAAGUACGCGCUGAGGAGAUAAAGAUACGGGAAAAGGAUUACACCUUCAAAAUGCCCAAGAAGGAAAUGCGCAAGCUACUGAAAGCCAAUGGGGAGCGAGAGACGCUCUACACCUAUGCAGAUCCCAUGCCCGGCGAAAUGAAGGACGUUGUGCUCAUGGAGCUGUGCGCCGUGCCCAUUGACUGGAAAAUGCUGACCACGCUCAGGCCCAAGUCCAAGCAAGAGGAGGAGUACUUCAGUCGCAUGGUGGAAAUGGGCAAACUGGAGCUGAAGACCGAGGCACGCGACAGACGCGAAUUUGCACUCAACAACUGUAUCAGGAAGAUCAAAAACAAAUCGGGAAUUGUGGAAACGCGUCUCAUCACCUGUGAGCUAUGUGGCGAGGAAAUGUGCUGGGGCAAAUCCUGUGGCGACUUCAACUACGACUUAUACGUACGCGUGGAGGCCAAAGUGCUAAAGCCAAAGCCCUUGGCCAACUCGACUAAUAAGGCAAAGCUCAAUGGACGAAAGAAAUCAACUUUAGUGGGCACCAAAAUCAAAGUCAAGAAGUCGGCAAAUGUUAAGCAAAACUAG